AUGACUCAGUCCCCAAACGCCGUGACCGAGGAUAUUUAUACCAAUGGCUCAGCGACUCUGGGCAGUCCCUCGCGCAACAGCCGCGAGGUGCGGAAGAUACGCCUUGUCCAGUUCGAGAAGGUCACAGAGGAGCCCAUGGGAAUCACGCUGAAGCAAAACGACAAGCAGAGCUGCAUGGUGGCCAGGAUCUUCCAUGGGGGCAUGAUUCACAGACAAGGCUCCCUUCACGUGGGUGAUGAAAUCAUAGAAAUCAAUGGGCAGAGUGCAAGCAACCACUCAGUUGACCAGCUGCAGAAGAUGCUGAAAGAAACCAAGGGGAUGGUCUCAAUAAAAGUAAUUCCCAACCAGCAAAGCCGCCUCCCUGCUCUCCAGAUGUUCAUGAGGGCACAGUUUGACUACGACCCCAAAAAAGACAACCUGAUCCCCUGCAAGGAAGCAGGACUGAAGUUUCAGAUUGGUGAUGUGAUUCAGAUCAUAAACAAGGAUGACAGCAACUGGUGGCAGGGCCGGGUGGAGGGAUCCUGCACCGAGUCGGCAGGACUCAUCCCUUCUCCAGAGCUGCAGGAGUGGCGCGUGGCGAGCGUCACCCAGUCCAGUCAGAGUGAAUCCCCAAGCUGUAGCCCCUUUGGGAAGAAGAAGAAGUGCAAAGAUAAAUACCUGGCCAAGCACAGCUCAAUUUUUGACCAGCUGGAUGUUGUUUCAUAUGAGGAGGUGGUGAGGCUGCCUGCCUUCAAGAGGAAGACUCUGGUGCUCAUUGGCGCCAGUGGUGUGGGCCGUAGCCACAUCAAGAAUGCUUUGCUCAGCAACAACCCAGACAAGUUCAUGUACCCACCCCCAUACACCACACGCCCCCAGAAGAAGAAUGAGGUGGACGGGAAGGACUACUACUUUGUCUCCACUGAGGAGAUGACCCGGGACAUCUCAGCCAAUGAGUUCUUGGAGUUUGGAAGCUACCAGGGAAACAUGUUUGGCACCAAGUUUGAAACAGUGCACAAGAUCCACCAGCAGGACAAAGUUGCUAUUUUGGAUAUUGAGCCCCAGACCCUCAAGAUCGUCCGCACGGCCGAGCUCUCCCCGUUCAUAGUCUUCAUCGCCCCAACAGACAAGGCAGAGGAGUCAGAGGCUUUGCAGCAGCUGCGGAAGGAUUCGGAGAGCAUCCGGAGUCGAUAUGCACACUACUUUGACCUCUCCCUGGUCAAUAAUGGGGUGGAAGAAAGCCUCCAGCUGCUGCAGGCAGCCUUUGAGCAGGCCUGUAGCUCUCCACAGUGGGUGCCUGUCUCCUGGGUGUACUGAGAGGGCAUCUGACCCCAGCUGCUUCCCAUCGACCAUCCUGCAGCCAUGGGGAGAAACCUCCUCAGCUUCCCCUGAUCCACACACAGCCCAGCACAACUCCUUUCCUUUGCUGCUCCAUGGACAUGGUCUCAAUUGGUUGACACACACAGAGGAUGCCCAGAUCUCCUCUCCUGGGGGAAGGAACGCAGGACAGGGCUGCCUGGGGGACAGCCACCUCCCGUGGCACUGCAG